CCCAGGUGUGUGGCAGAAAUGGGUUGUGGGAAUUCUACGGCAACCAGCACGGCUGGAGGCACCUCUGAGGCAGCUAAGGAUGUGAAUGAGGAGCCGUCGCCGGACGAUGAGAAAAGACGGAAUUACGGAGGAGUGUAUGUUGGUUUACCGGCGGACCUGACCAACGUCGGAUUGGGUCAGAGCGCGUCGACGCACAAAGGCGCAAAGUGUUACAAGGCAAAAUGUUCUGCCUGUGACUGUGCCCCUCUCGAUGGAAUUAUCACCGUUGGAGAGGCUCAUGGAAAGUUCUGGAACCUUCUGGACUUACAGCAGGGGGACCCAUCUCUUUACUGGCUGACAUUAGAAAACACCUAG